CUGGCCGCUGGUCGAAGCUUGAAUGUCGGUGGAGUCAUGCAAGGUCAGAACAUCAACGUGGCUGGAGCUGGUCUCCCCGGUAUCGGUGAGGAGGGACUGAUGUGAAUCCAUCUCUCUCUCCGUUCUUAAAAUUCUUCCUUCUUGCUCGGCUUCAGUAUCUCGAUGAAAAUGUGCUGUUUUCCACGAUUUGAACGGCCUGUUUCCCUUACACGAUUUAAUGACCAGACUGGUGGAUUGGAGUUGGUUGGGGUUCCGAUCAUGGCACUCGGUAUUUCUUAACGAGCGACGGCGUGGUACCCCGGUUGAUAGACCUGCUAUCUGUGGAGUUGUGGCCUACUCCUCGGAAGACGCUUGUGAUACACAGAUUUCCUUAAUAGUUCCUAUUUGCUUUUUGCUUCUUGAAUUGUUUAUGGGUGCUAUCCACGGGAUUGUCUCUCCGAGCGCCUUGCUUGAUAUCCAUUUUUUGGGAAGGACGUUGUUUGCGUUUUCGUCUCUGCAACUGCGGCAGACUGGAUUUUCUCGAUCGCGGAGCCUGUUCUAUGAACCGGAUUCUCCAAGGGUGAGGACGAUGUCCCGUGGUCGAACAAAAAGAAAAAGAAAAAAACAAGAUAUAUUGGGAAAAGAUUGGAAAAGGGAACAAAAAGAAAAGCGAAAAAUAUUGGAUUGGUACAGUGCAGUGCAGGCCUCGUCUCAUGGCUUUCUCACUCUGCACUAUUGUUUGGGUUCGGUGUUCAUCGUUUUCAGACGGAUCUCUAUCCCGGGACUUGGAAAAAUAAAACUGGGGGAAAUGGUGCUCUGGCGCGUGUGCUGUAGAAAGUUUUCCCGCUUGAUAUUUGGCUUUUGUUCUCUUUUCUUUAGCACUCAUACCACAUGUUUUUGUUGCACUCCACGCUAACUUGAAUUAUGCUUGAAAGAUCUGCCCUAAUGUUCAUUUCCUGUUUCAUAUACUGUUUGAAUUGUGAUAAUAGAACUCCUGUCUGUUGCUUGACAUCUCUCCACGGUAGCCGAUACUCCAUCGAUAACGAGGCUACUAGUUAAUAUCUCCCGGCCGCAACUACGCUGGAGCUUGGUGGCAAUUCGAUCUGCUGUUAUCCCAGCAGUCACCCGGCUACUGAUGCACGAUUAUCUCGACUUGGUAGUUCGCUGAUCUGUCUGGUUCGUCCAUCAAGUUCGAUACAGAGCGUUUGUAACUUGUAUUUUGGUCCUCAUAGCCGGCUUGUGGCGACAUUCCCCCGAUACGAUACUUGGGUCUCUAGUCAGCUUGCUGCGCCUUGAAGCUUGUUCCUCA